CAAAACCUCUGAUUCCUGUUUCUGAAGGCUCGCGUGUCACUUCCUUCCUCAUAGAUUUGAAUAUCUGCGCUUUUGUCAUUGUCCUGCUGUCACCGUGCAGAGAAGAGAGCAGCCGAGGACCGAGAGGAACACACACUCUUUAAUCUGCACAACACACACCUGCAGACGUCUCAAUCUACAGUUUCAGGUUCCAACAUGAGUAACCCAAUGCCGAUCUCCCCGGAGGAGCAGGAGGAGCUGCGAGAAGCCUUCACCAAGAUCGAUGUGGACAAUAACGGCUUCAUCAGUAAGGAUGAGCUGACGGAGCUCUUCAGAGUCGCCAACCUGCCACUGCCCGGGUACCGAGUCCGGGAGAUCGUGCAGGAGCUGACCAGCUCCAACGACCAGCUCACCUUCACAGAGUUCACACAGAUAGUGCAUGGGCUGAAGAGCAGCGAGGUGGCAAAGACUUUCCGGAAGGCGAUCAAUAAGAAGGAGGGAAUUCGGAACGUGGCGGGAACGUCGGAGCAGUCUGGCACGCAGCACUCAUACUCAGAGGAGGAGAAGGUGGCGUUUGUGAACUGGAUCAACAAAGCUCUGGAGAAAGACGAUGACUGUAAACACGUCCUGCCGAUGGACCCCGACACCGACGACCUGUUCACCGCCAUGGGGGACGGCAUCGUGCUCUGUAAGAUGAUCAACCUGUCCGUCCCCGACACCAUCGACGAGAGGACGAUCAACAAGAAGAAGCUCACUCCCUUCACCAUCCAGGAGAACCUGAACCUGGCCCUGAACUCGUCGUCGGCCAUCGGCUGCCACGUGGUGAACAUCGGGGCGGAGGACCUGAAGGAGGGCCGGCAGCACCUGGUUCUGGGUCUGCUGUGGCAGGUCAUCAAGAUCGGACUGUUCGCCGACAUCGAGCUCAGCAAGAACGAAGCUCUGAUGGCUCUGCUGCGUGAUGGAGAGUCUCUGGAGGAUCUGAUGAAGCUUUCCCCCGAAGAACUGCUGCUGCGCUGGGCCAACUACCACCUGGAGGAGGCCGGCUGCAGCAAGAUCAACAACUUCAGCUCCGACAUCAAGGACUCUAAGGCGUACUACAGCAUCCUGAACCAGGUGGCCCCCAAAGGAGACGAGGAGGGAAUCCCCCCCAUCGCCAUCGACAUAUCCGGACUCAGGGAGAAGGAGGACGUGCAGCGAGCGGAGCUGAUGUUGCAGCAGGCCGACCGGCUCGGCUGCAGACAGUUCGUCAUGCCGACAGACGUCGUCCGCGGCAACCCCAAACUCAACCUGGCCUUCGUGGCUAACCUGUUCAACAAAUACCCGGCGCUGAAGAAACCCGACAACGUGGACAUCGACUGGAGCUCCAUCGAGGGGGAGACCCGGGAGGAGCGGACCUUCAGGAACUGGAUGAAUUCUCUGGGAGUGAAUCCUCGAGUGAACCACCUCUACGUGGACAUCGACGACGCGCUGGUGAUCUUCCAGCUGUACGAGAAGAUCAAGGUCCCGGUGGACUGGGACAAAGUCAACAAGCCGCCAUACUCCAAACUGGGCAGCAACAUGAAGAAGCUGGAGAACUGUAACUAUGCAGUGGACUUGGGGAAGAAAGAGGCCAAGUUCUCUCUGGUCGGCAUCGCAGGGCAAGACCUGCACUCCGGGAAUCGAACACUCACCCUCGCUCUGCUCUGGCAACUCAUGAGGAGGUACACUCUGAACAUCCUGGAGGACCUGGGUGACGGUCGUAAGGUGACCGAUGACACCAUCGUCUGUUGGGUGAACGACGCGCUCACACAGGCCGGGAAACCCACCAUCAGCAGCUUCAAGGACGGGUCCAUCAGUAGCAGCCUGCCGGUCCUGGACCUGAUCGAUGCGAUCCAGCCCGGAUCCAUCAGAUAUGACCUGCUGAAGACCGAAGACCUGACGGAGGAGGAGAAGCUCAACAACGCAAAGUACGCCAUCUCCAUGGCGAGGAAGAUCGGCGCCCGGGUGUACGCCCUGCCGGAGGAUCUGGUGGAGGUGAAGCCCAAGAUGGUGAUGACGGUGUUCGCCUGCCUGAUGGCCCGCGGCAUGAAGAGGGCAUGAGGACCCCCCCGCCUCAUUAACACAUGUAACAUUGAGGUUCAUUAAUAAAGAACACAUUUAAAAACUGUGAUCAGGCGGAAGAGAAGGGAAAUGAUAUUCAGGUACUUUAGGGGUCAGCUCCAAACAAGACGUCCUGACUCUCCAAACACUUACAGGUGUUAACUGAAGUCUGUGUUGCUGUGACGUUUCUCAUCCCUGCUCAGGGUUUUUAGCCUUCACACCAAAUAUUAGCCAUAAAUAAACAGAUUUUUGUAUUAAAA